GCACAUUUCUCCACUACAGCAGUCUGAAGAAUACUUACCUGGAACUUUCAGAAAAAAAAAAAACAAAAAAAAAACCAAACCCUUGAAACAGAGAAGAAAUUGGCCCUUUCUUCAGUGGGAUGAAGCAUGUAAAGCAUUUCACCCCCUCCUUCUUUCUCAGUUUGGUGCACGUUUGCCUGGUUCAGGCAAAUUAUGCUCCCUAUUUCUUUGAUAAUGGAGCCAGAAGCACAAAUGGGAACAUGGCACUUCUCAGCCUUUCGGAGGACACACCUGUUGGUACCCAUGUGUACACUCUGAAUGGAACUGAUCCAGAAGGAGAUCCUGUGACAUACGGCCUGGCCUAUGAAGCUGGAUCAAGACGCUACUUUUCUGUUGACAAGAACCUUGGAAAUGUUACGCUGAUCGAGGAGCUUGACAGAGAGAAGGAAGAUGAGAUUGAAGUUAUUGUCAGUAUUUCAGAUGGCCUGAGUACAGUUUCUGAAAAAGUCAGGAUCCUUGUAAUGGAUGCUAAUGAUGAGAGCCCAGAGUUCAUCAAUACACCUUACAUAGUCCAAGUCCCAGAGAACACUCCCUCUGGCAGCAGUAUCUUUAAGAUUGAGGCAAUGGACAAAGACACAGGUUCUGGAGGAAGUAUCACCUACUUCUUGCAGAACAUCCAUGCUAAUAAGUUUACAAUAGACCGUCACAGUGGUGUCCUGCGCAUCAAAACAGGGGUCACCCUGGACUAUGAGAAAUCAAGAACACAUUUUGUUGUCGUCGUAGCCAAGGAUGGUGGUGGGAAGCUCAGGGGAGACAACAAAGUGUUUUCAGCCACAACAACAGUUACUGUCAAUGUGGAGGAUGUUCAGGACACUCCUCCCAUGUUCAUCGGGACUCCCUACUAUGGAUAUGUCUAUGAGGAUACACUCGCAGGCUCUGAGGUCCUUACUGUUGUUGCUCUCGAUGGAGACAGAGGAAAGCCUAACAGUAUUCAUUACUGCAUCGUGAACGGAAGUGAAGGUUCAUUCGAAAUCAGCAACACAACUGGAGCCAUUUCUGUCAUAAAAAGCCCAAAUCAACUCAAGAAAGAAGUGUAUGAACUAAAAGUUCAGGCAUCAGAAGUCAGUCAGGAAGGUGAUGUCUCAGUGUACGCUUUUGCCAUGGUGACUAUACGGGUGGUUGACCUCAACAACCAUCCACCAACGUUCUAUGGAGAAAAUGGUCCCCAGAACAGAUUUGAACUGACCAUGUACGAGCAUCCCCCAGAAGGUGAAAUCUUGAGGGGAUUGAAGAUUACAGUCAAUGAUUCAGAUCAGGGAGCCAAUGCUAAGUUCAACCUCCGUCUUGUUGGACCUGGUGGCAUCUUCCGAGUGGUUCCCCAAACUGUCCUGAAUGAGGCUCAGGUUACAAUAAUAGUGGAAAAUUCUGCUGCUAUUGACUAUGAAAAAUUCAAGGUGUUAACCUUCAAGCUUCUUGCAAUAGAGGUGAACACGCCAGAGAAAUUCAGCUCAACAGCCGACAUAGUGAUACGCUUGCUGGAUACCAAUGACAAUGUCCCGAAGUUCUCCUCUGACUACUACAUUGCCAGGAUCCCUGAGAACUCCCCAGGGGGCUCCAAUGUAGUUGCUGUUACAGCUACAGAUCCAGAUUCAGGGCUUUGGGGAGAAGUCAAGUACUCUAUCUAUGGAACAGGAGCAGAUCUGUUCCUAAUCCACCCAUCAACAGGUAUAAUUUACACCCAGCCCUGGGCUGUAUUAGAUGCUGAAGUGAACUCGAAGUAUAAUUUCUAUGUGAAGGCAGAGGACACAGAUGGGAAAUACAGCUUGGCUGAAGUGUUUAUCACUGUGCUAGAUGUCAACGACCACUCUCCAGAGUUCAAUGAAAACAUCCAGGAAAAGACAAUGAUCAUCGGGACACCGGUGAAGAUAGAGGCUAUAGAUCAAGAUGCAGAAGAACCCAACAACAUUGUAGAUUAUUCCAUCAUGCAAGCAGAUCCAGCCAAUGUGUUUGAUAUAGACCAAAGCACUGGGGAAAUCAAGCUGAAAUCCUAUAUCCGUUCCCUGGACAUCAUCCACAACAUCACAAAGAACAAAGACUGCAUAUGGUCAGUAGUGGUGCAGGCCAAAGACCGAGGCUCCCCGUCCUUCAGUACCACGGCAGUUCUGAAGAUUGAUAUCACAGAGGAGACUCUUCACAAAGGGCCUAUGGCCGCCUUUUUGAUGCAAACUAAAGAUAACCCCAUGAAAGCCUUAGGAGUGCUAGCUGGUGUCAUGGGCAUAAUGGUGCUGAUAACUAUCAUGAUCUCUACUGCCAUGUUCUGGCGCAAUAAGCGGUCCAACAAAAUCAUGCCGGUGAGAAGGAUCAUAAAAAAGAGACAGACCCCGCAGUCCCGGACAGUCAGGAUGGAGUGGCUGAAGUUCAAGAGGCCCAGCAAUGCUGCAGAGAAGUUUGUCGUUGAGGAUGAUGCCAAGAGCCUACACAACGAAAACAGCAACAACAACAUCCAGGUUGCCCCCGUGCCACCGACCGCCCCCUUACCCCCGCCGCCCCCUGCCCUGGCUCCCAGAGGGGACACCCCGGGGUGGCGGGUGCCAACCGUCUCCGGCUCCCUCACUCCCAAGUUUAUAAACAAGCAGCUGAAGAAGAGAGGCCAUGGCAGCGCCCACAGCGCCCUCGUGUCAGAGCUCAAAAUGAAGUUUGAGAAGAGGAACGCAGCGAUCGGUGAGCCCCACAUCUAGGCGCUCUUGGCAGCCCCCAGAGACUGCGGAUUGUGGCUGUGCAUGGAUGUAUUUAUGUGCUGUGGUCUUCCCCGUGUCUGUCAGCACCCUGUGAACUGAGAGCAGCUUCUCGCUGUAGUAGCCACCCCUCACCUUCUGCAAGUAUUAUGUGCUACGGAGUCACCUCACCCAUAGCAAACGCUGCGGUCCGCGUCCAGUUGUGACUGCCGGUCCUUCGGCUCGCGUCCCAGUGCUGGUCCCUCCCUGCAGCUGUCUGACCAGGGUGCUGAGUACCCUCGCGCCAGCCACAGUCUCCCCAGGUGAUCGGGGAUUCGGG